AGUGCGGUGCCUUCGUCAACGAGACAUGUUGAAAUACGUGACUGUGCUCGCCAUCGUGGCGGCAACGUUCGCCCAAGACUUUGAUUUUUCGCCGCUCCAGCUACCGCCACGACCUGCCCCACCCAAAGUGAAACCAAAUUAUUCGGGACCGUCCAGCGCACCUAGACCUACACCUGUACCGAUUCUCAAGCAGAUUGACAGGCACAACGAAGAUGGAUCCUAUACGUACGGUUACGAAUCCGCCGAUGGUUCUUUCAAAAUCGAAACCAAGCUUCCAACCGGAGAAGUCAAAGGAAAAUACGGCUACGUAGAUGAUGUUGGUAAAAUAAGGGUUAUCGAAUAUGGCGCAACCAAAUACGGAUUUGAACCCGCUGGCGAAGGCAUCACAGUAGCCCCUCCCACUUUAGUCGACGAGACGACUGACAAAAAUGGCAACCUUCUUCCCGAAUACGCCGACAACGGCGAUGAGCCGGCUCCACCUCGUCCAAGUCAUACCAUCAACAAUCAAUAUUCUCAAGGCAGACUGACGCAAACCGCAAACUCCUUUGAAUUUACUGGACCUCAAAGUUUUCAGGCGUCGCCCGCCAGAAGUUCAGCACCCGUACCACCUAGAGCUAAUAUUCCAGGAGCCGUUCCAGUUCAAUCUUUUGCACCAGCGCCGCGCCCGGCUCCUAGACCCGCACCAGUCUACAACGCACAACCAGCUCCUUUCGAUGAUUUUGGCGGAUUUUCACGACCAUCUCCCAAACUGACGUUCGUGCAACCUGCAGCUCCGCCUCCACCACCUUCACCGCAAUACGCCCCAAGACCAGCCCCUAGACCAGCGCCAGCUCCUCAAUACAGACCUGCACCGGUGCCAGCACCAGUUUCGUCGGGUAAUCCGUUCGGUGGACGUAGCGGAGGAAGUAUCUUAGAUCAAUUAAGCAAGGAUUAUGCACUUCCUCAAAGCUCAAAUGCAAAUCCCCUGCAUGACGUCAGUUUUGGCUACAUCUAAUAAGCAAUUGCUGGUUAGCUUAGUUAUUUUAAAUUUUUUUCAAAAAACGCUCAGAAACUUUAACUCUAACUGGCUGGCAUAUUCGAGCACCUAUCAACUUUAUUUAUGUAAAUACCUAACUAAUGUUUUGAUGCCAUGUUUUUUUUUAUAUCCUAAUGCUCUGGACUGUAAUUGAAUUUAGGUUACAUGUAGGUGUGAACUUAGUCACGUUUUUAGCGCUGUUCUAGAAUUGUAAGCCUUUGCGUGUGUACUUGUUUUGUGUAAGAACGUUUUGUAAAUAAACAUUUUUAAUUGA